AGACUGUUGUAUGUUAAAAUGGGUAGAACUUGCGCUGUCAACUUUUGUAAAUCAAGCCAAGGCAGCUCCGGGUUGUUCGUUUUACCUCAAAAUGAAAAAAUCCGCAAAAAAUGGCUCCUCUCCAAUCCUGUGGGGUGGAAAUCCACCAAGUUAAUUCAUGUGUGCAUGGAUCAUUUUACCGAGGAAUCAUUUCAUACUGAUCAUGGCGUUGCCUUUGUCCGGAGGAGACUUAAACUUGGCUCUGUUCCAAGUAUUUUCCCAAAGAACGAAAGAGCAGAACAGAUCGUAGUUGGGGAAAAAGAGGAUAUAAUGAGUCACAAAGUGAGUGACCAUAAAGCGAGUAGAUACAUAGCAGGAAAGUUUCCUUGCAACCACUGUGACUAUUUUGCAGGCCAAGUCUCUGAUUUGAAGAGACACUUGGAAUAUAAACAUUUAGGAAUACGAUAUCAUUGUGAUCUAUGUGAACACAGUUCAAGCCGUAUUUACCAUUUAAAAAUGCACAAAUUAAAAAAACAUGGUACUCGAAGCCCUAAGGAGAAUAAUUCAAAUAAAUUCAGAUAUCCUGAACAUGAUCUUGCGGCUGAAUCUGUUCUUGUGAAUUAUGAACCUGAACCUGAUUUUCCGACUGAACCUGUUCUUGUGAAAUUUGAACCUGAUCUUGCGACUGAAUCUGUUUUUGUGAAAUUUGAACCUGAACCUGAUCUUGUUAAUUGUAAACCUGAACCUGAUUUUGCAACUGAACCUGUUCUUGUGAAAUUUAAACCUGAACUUGAUUUUGCGACUGAACCUGUUCUUGUGAAAUAUGAACCUGAACCUGAUUUUGCGAAUGAACCUGUUCUUGUGAAAUGUGAACCUGAACCUGUUCUUGUGAAAUUUGAACCUGAACCUGUUCUUGCGUCUGAUUCUUUUCUAGUAAAAUAUGAACCUGAGAGUGAAGAAGAUGACAUUAAAGAAGAAGAUCCUUUAGCGGGAUAUUAAUCAUUUUAAGAU